UCGAGAAAGAAAAUGAAGAGUUUGUCUCCUGUGAACUAUCAGUGUUGCUUAAUGACAUUGAGGAAGAAAAUGAAAAGGUUCUUGUAACCUUUCAUCUAUGUCAUCUAUUGGUGGUGGUCAACGAAAGUAGGGUCCAGGAAGAAAAGGAGGUCUCAUCCAGCUGUUCUGAUGCUCAGCCUACUGCAGAUCAGUUGAAGGCAGAGAUUCAAUGGUUGGAGAAGCGUAUCGAAGAACUGGAGUCUCAGCUGUAUCAUUCCACUUCACCUGCAGGGAGUCCAAAAACAAGUUCUGCUUUUACCAUGGACGUGAAGGAGUUUCUUGACAAUAAUAAGCGGGUAGUCUUAUUUGGUGGAUACGACAGCACUGAUUGGUUGUCAACCGUGGACUGUUAUUCACCUCUUAGUGACACCAAGGAGCGUUUAAGGCCUAUGAACUUCGCCCGUUCAUAUGCCGCGACUGCUGCCGUCAGAGAUGACAUUUACAUAUUUGGUGGUGGAGAUGGUACUUCAUUUUUCAAAACAGUUGAACCGUAUAAUUUAGAAAGAAACGAGUGGACCCCCUGUCCUUCAUUAAGCCACAUCAAGGGAUGCUUGUCAGGGGUUACUUUGCGUGAUAAAAUUUAUGCUAUUGGUGGUGGAGACGGAAUUGAAUGUCUUUCAGAUGUUGAAACUUUUGACCCGGCAGCUUGGAAGUGGAUCCCUGCUCAGUCCAUGCAAGAAAAGAGAUCUUCUGGUGCUGUAGCAGAGCUCAAAGGUACAAUUUAUGCUGCUGGGGGAUAUGAUGGAAAGAAGUACUUGAGAUCAGUUGAACGAUUUGACCCGAGAGAAGGUUCUUGGUCCAGAAUUUCAAGUAUGCAUUUUCAAAGAGGAGGUCACUCCUUGGUCGCUAUGAAUGAGAAACUAUACGCAUUAGGAGGCUAUGAUGGACAGAACAUGGUUCUUACCGUUGAGGAAUAUGAUUGUCGUCGGAACUCUUGGAUAAAAAGCAAGGAAAUGAUGAUGGAACCCAGAAUAUAUGCAACUGCAGGAGUCAUCGGAGAAUCAAUCUUUGUUAUUUCAGGAUUGAAAACCAUCGAAACAUUGACAGAAACAGUGGAGUGUUACAAAGAAGGUGGUGGUUGGUCCUUCGUUAACCCGAAGGGUGCAGGGAAGAGAUGCUUCUCCACCUCAAUUUUCAUGUGAAACCUCUUAGCAUGAGGUUGAAAGGAGACUGGAUCAGAAGUUUUUUGUUGAUCCCUGGUAACAAAUGGAUUAAAAGAUAGCACCAGCAGCAUACAGUGAUGAAGGUGUUGAUGAUGUGACAUUACAACCCAAUGCUGGCCACAUCUGGAUAUUGAUAUUCACGUUACAACUUACUGGUGGUAGAGGAAUGGAACAGCAACACUGCUCGAUCCAAUUAAUAUAGGUUAUACGAUCUGACUACCUUAGUGUAAGUCAGCUCUUCAUUUUGAUAUUAAUGUUGUUUCUUAUGUGAAUCUGUGCUGCAAUGGUAGCAUGACUGACUCCAUGUCAGAAGAUGCGUGUUCAACUCACGCCAGGUUCCCUUGGUUUGAAGUUCCUCUAUGUGUCAACAUUGCUGAUUGACAUUAUAAUCUCCGCCAAUAUGUUCUUGGAUGUCCAUUUUUGGUAUUAAGUUGGCAUAUCGACACCAUAAUCUAGAGCCAACCUAUUUUUGGAUUUUCAAGCUUUGGUAUCAACUUGACUUGUUGCCCCCGUUUGGGGUGUCAACUAGGCUUGUUGGCACCAUAAUCUGGAUCCAACAUGCUUCUGAAUUUCCAGAUUUUGGUGUCAGCUUGGCUCGACUCCAAGUUGACACCAUAAUUUGGAGCCUAACAUAGUCCUGGAUUUUCAGAUUUUGGUGUCAACUUGGCCUGUUAAUUUCGAAUUUUGGUGUCAACUUGUGUGGAGGUGGUGGUGGCGUUGGCGGAGGUGACCAAAUGGCGGUGA